AUGUUAGAAGUGGUGAUCUCACCCAGCCUCGCAGCAAGCAGUGACUGCAAGGAAUCCCUGACGUGGAGUGAAGACAACGCCGCUGUGGGGGCUCUGAGUGACAGAGAAGGCGUCACUAAAUCGGCCUCUCUGAGUGUGCCUCAGCUCUUUGUGAAGCCUCACCCGUGUGUCUCUCCUGGUCAGUGCUCCGCAGCCAUGGCAGCCUAUGGCCAAACACAGUACAGCGCAGGCAUCCAGCAGGCGCCACCCUAUACAGCGUACCCACCUCCAGCACAAGCUUAUGGGAUCCCCCCUUACAGUAUCAAGACAGAAGACAGUUUGAACCAUUCCCCCAGCCAGGGUGGCUUCCUGAGCUACGGACCAAGCUUCAGCACCGCGCCUGCUGGACAGAGCCCAUACGCCUACCCAGUGCACAGCACCGCAGGGCUCUACCAAGGCACCAACGGAUUGACCAACACAGCCGGAUUUGGGAGCGUGCACCAGGAUUACCCCUCCUACCCCGGCUUCCCACAGAACCAGUACCCCCAGUAUUUCAGCCCAUCCUACAGCCCUCCCUACGUCCCUGCCAGCAGCCUCUGCUCCUCGUCCCUCUCCACGUCCACAUAUGUCCUCCAGGAGGCUCCUCACAACGUCCCCAACCAGAGUUCUGAGUCACUACCCGGUGACUACAACACACACAACGGGCCUUCCACACCAGCAAAAGAGGGCGACACAGAGAGGCCCCAUCGGGCCUCAGAUGGGAAGCUACGAGGCCGGUCAAAGAGGAGUAGUGACCCCUCCCCAGCAGGGGACAAUGAGAUUGAGCGGGUGUUCGUCUGGGACCUGGACGAGACAAUCAUCAUUUUCCACUCCCUGCUCACGGGGACUUUUGCAUCCAGAUAUGGGAAGGACACUACGACGUCAGUGCGAAUCGGCCUGAUGAUGGAGGAGAUGAUCUUUAACCUUGCUGACACACACCUGUUCUUCAAUGACCUGGAGGACUGCGACCAAAUCCACGUGGACGAUGUCUCAUCUGAUGACAAUGGCCAGGAUUUAAGCACAUACAACUUUUCCACUGACGGUUUCCACAGCACGGCACCAGGAGCCAGCUUGUGCCUGGGUACAGGCGUGCACGGUGGCGUGGACUGGAUGAGGAAACUAGCUUUCCGCUACCGCCGAGUGAAGGAGAUGUACAACACCUACCGCAACAACGUGGGUGGCUUGAUAGGCGCUCCCAAACGAGAGACGUGGCUGCAGCUGCGUGCCGAGCUGGAGGCCCUGACUGACCUCUGGCUCACCCACUCCCUGAAGGCCCUCAACCUCAUCAACUCUCGACCCAACUGUGUCAAUGUGUUGGUCACCACCACGCAACUGAUCCCUGCACUGGCCAAGGUCCUGCUGUAUGGCCUGGGCUCCGUGUUCCCCAUUGAGAACAUCUACAGUGCCACCAAAACAGGCAAAGAGAGCUGCUUCGAGAGAAUCAUGCAGAGAUUUGGCCGCAAAGCUGUCUACAUUGUGAUAGGUGACGGAGUGGAAGAAGAACAAGGAGCCAAGAAGCACAACAUGCCUUUCUGGAGGAUAUCGUGCCAUGCUGACCUGGAGGCCCUGAGGCACGCCCUGGAACUGGAGUAUCUAUAG